UGGAGCUCACUUCACUUCACUUGUUCUUGUCGAGCGUCUUUUGCCUUUUGUGCGUGUCAGCUCAGCUUUCUCUCUCUCUCGUGGGAUGUUACGUCGAUGACAACUCCUUUUGGAAUUCACGCAGGUGUGACAAACAGCGAGGUUGUUUCAUUUUUUUAAAAUUUCUUUUCCCCCCCUCUAUACACUUGUCACGUCAGAGAACAUCUCUUGAUGACUUUCGCUACACGUGGAGCUCAGGACCACUCUUAACUCAACUUUCAGCUUGGAAUAUUGGAGUACCUCUUUAGGACGUCCACGUCGCUGAAUUCCCUGAAACUUUUUUUCUUCUUCAAUUUUUAAAGAUGGAACAAUCGUUCAUUAGAACAACGUGCAUCUUGGUGAUUAUCUCUCUACUUGAUAAAAGGGUAGACGCCAAUGAAAUCUUGGGCCUAAAGCUCCCCAACAUCGACCCGAUCCUUAACGCCAACACGGUGUGCCUGACGCUACCUGGGCUGACGCGGCGCCAGCUGGAGGUGUGCAUGCGCAACCCGGACGUGACGGCCUCCGCCAUCCAGGGAAUCCAGAUAGCCAUCCACGAGUGCCAGCACCAGUUCCGAGGACACCGUUGGAACUGUUCAAGCCUGGAGACCAGGAACAAAAUACCAUAUGACAGCAUCGUUUUCAAAAGAGGUUUUCGAGAGAGCGCUUUUGCUUACGCCAUCGCGGCGGCAGGUGUGGUGCACGCCGUGGCCAACGCCUGCUCCAUGGGCAAACUGAAGGCGUGCAGCUGCGACGAGAAGCGGCGUGGCGACGAGGAGGCCUUCCGCAUCAAACUGCAUCGCUUACAACUGGAGGCCAUCCAUCGGGGGAAGGGGAUGGUACACGGCGUCAUGGAGCACUUCCCCGCCGAGCUGCCGGGACCGCAGGACUCCUGGGAGUGGGGCGGCUGUAGUCCCGAUGUGGAGUUUGGAGAAAAGUUCUCACGGGACUUCCUGGACGCCCGCGAGACCUACAGGGACAUCCAUGCUCGGAUGAGGCUUCAUAACAACAGAGUUGGCAGACAGGUGGUGCUGGACCACAUGAAGAGGAAAUGCAAGUGUCACGGGACAUCAGGGAGCUGCCAGCUGAAAACCUGCUGGCAGGUCACCCCCGAAUUCCGGGUGGUGGGUUCCAUCCUCAAAGAGCGCUUCCACAUCGCCACUCUCAUCAAGGCCCACAACCGCAACACCGGGCAGCUGGAACCAUCACGGGAACCACCACCAUCACCACCACCAUCAUCACCACCACCAGCACACCGCCGGAGGCCGAGCAUCAACGACCUGGUCUACUUUGAAAAGUCGCCCGAUUUCUGCGAGCGGGACCUGGGCUCGGACUCGGCGGGGACGCAGGGUCGCAUCUGCAACAAGACUAGUCCGGGCAUGGACAACUGCGAGAGUCUGUGCUGCGGGCGAGGGCACAACAUCUUGCAGCAGACACGUAGCGAACGCUGCAACUGCAAGUUUCACUGGUGCUGCUACGUGGUGUGCGAAGAGUGCAGGAUAACGGAGUGGGUCAGCGUGUGCAAAUGAAGAAGUACGGGGGGCGGGGAGGGAGAAUUGCACCCUAUGACGAAAAACACACUUUCAAGAAAACCCUGAUUAGUAACCAAAAAGGGGCCUAUGAUUGUCUUUUACGCACCCCACUCCGUCUUCUGUUUUGCUUUGCAGGACUGAGAAGCGCAAAUGUGUGAAGCGUGCGAAGAGUUUCGGUCGGCACAGAGUUUGAUUUGCAUGUCAGGGGUGGUACAUGCCCAAAGCUGUUACAACUGCGCCAGCGUUGAUGCUCUGCAUUUCAGGUAUCCGAAAUGCAGAAAAGACAAACCAAAAAAAAAAUUAAUGCACCGCACUAGAGAUAAAAUAAUAAGAUUGUUCUAUAAAACGUGUUGCAUCACAGACACUAUUUAUGUACACCAUGGACACAAUGUUACAUAAUAUUUCUGCUAUUUGGAUAAUGCAAACAGAAAUUUCUUAACGCAAAGAUGCUAGGCCCUGCUUAAGGAAACUUCAGCCAUCAAUGUUUUUAGUUAUCAAGUUAUGGUUUAGACUUGGUCAUUUGAGCAAUAAGUAACACAAUGUUGUAUCUGUGAUGUACAACUCAGCUAUAAAAGCUUACAGUCAAGCAAAUUAGACCAAAGCAGAAUGUAAUACCUCUAUAGUAGGGGUGGAAAGAGGAUUUUGAAUAAUAAUAAAAUAUUAACCAGUCAUAUAGGCUGGAUUUUAAAGUCCCUGUAAAGUGAAAAAUAAAACUACCAAAAGUGAAUUGUUAAAAACAUCACCUAGUGGCAGUUACGGCGGACGUUUUAAAAAAUGCUCCAUGCUUUCUCAGCGAGAUGUGCGCACACUUGCGGCUAGGUACGAUGCAC